AUGGAAGACGAGAUUGUAGACGAUAACGUGACUAAGAUGCUUCAGGCCGGUAUGUUCGAGGAAGGAAUCGGCGCUUGGGGAUUCCCGGUGGUCCUAGUAAAGAAGAAAGAUGGUACAGUCAGGUUCUGUGUGGAUUAUCGCGCCCUCAACAAAAUCACGAAGAAAGAUGUACACCCGCUCCCCAGAAUUGACGAGACGCUGGAGGCUCUGGGUGGGGCAUCGCUAUUCACCACACUAGACUUACUGGCAAAUUCGCGUAGCACCGGAGAACAAGUACAAGACUGCAUUCACAACGAAGAAGGGUUUGUACAGAUUCUGUAUUUAGGUGACAUUAUUGUCUUUACACGAGGAGGUAUUACACGACAGCUAGCUACGGUACUGGAGCGGUUGGCUACGGCUGGACUCACACUCAAGUUGAAGACAUGCUUGUUCGCCACGACGGCGAUGGAAUACUUAGGCCACGAGUUGAGUAGCGACGGAGUUCGGCCACUUCCACGGUUGGUGUCGGCGGUACAGGACUUCCCGAGACCGAAGGACGCGGUGGAAGCCAAGCCCUUCGUGCAUCUUGCAGGAUACUACCGGCGAUUUGUCGAGGGAUUCGGCUCCAUAAUGGCGCCCAUUACAAAACUACUAAGGAAGAACGUGGACUGGGAGUGGACGCCCGCUCAGGAAUCGGCGUUUGAUUGUGUAAAGGCAGAAUUGACGAAGCAGCCGCUGUUGAUCUAUCCAGACUUUCAGUUGCCCUUCAGAGUGGUGACCGACGCGAGUCAAGUGGGUCUCGGUGCCUGCUUGAUGCAAGAUAAAGGCGACGGUUGGCGACCGGUCACCUAUGACAGCAAAAUGAACAGUGUGACGGAAAGUAAGUACGGCAUUACAGAGCUGGAGGGUUACGCAGUGGUCUGGGCUAUCAAAAUCUUUCGGCCUUACCUUUACGGGCAUAACUUCACGAUCGUCACCGACCACUCCGCGUUGAAGUGGUCGAUGAUAAGUCCCAACCUAACUGACAAACUACAUCGUUGGGCAUUGACUCUACAAGAGUUCAACUUUGAUGUUGAAUAUCGGCCUGGUACCACGAACGUAGUGGCAGAUGCGCUUUCGCGAGCACCAACAGUGGCUACGACAAGGACGGCGGUUGGUCGAAGGACGCGGCCACGACAAAGGGCGGCAGGACGAGCGGAUACAGCGGGUACAACAGCGGUCAACGGCGCGGAAACGGCGACUGAAUGGGUGGUGCCGGCUACGAGAGAUGGAGCAGGUGCCACGACGUUCGCGGGAAGGACGUGCGUUGAGGACGUGCUGGGCGACGUGCUGGCUGAUUUGGUGGCGAGUGUGGUCGCCAACGUGCGAUCAGAGCGGCGGAAGGCAACAAAUAACGAGGAACGGCGAAUGGUGGGAGUGAGCGGCAAUCAGGCGACUACGAAGACGGAAGACGGGACGGGCAAGGGUCCCGGUCAGACGGAAGCGGCUACAGCGCCGUCCAGUACGACAGAACGGCGCAUGCGACGUAAACAAAGGAUGGUAAGUGCCACGGAGGCGACCCGGCCCUUCACCCGUGCGGUGAAGCGGCGAAUGAACGAAGAACGACUAAGGGAGGCGGAGUCGGUGAUGGCUACGCAUCUGCCGGGCGACGAGGUCAGCAGUGCGAAGUCGACGGAACUGGGGCAGGCUGAGGGAGCGACGACGAAGUCGAACAUGACGGAUAGUACGGCGACGCUCCGAAGACCACCAACGACGCAGCGACGAAGGACGCCAGUAACGGCGACUAUGUAUUCACCGAGCGAGGCCAGGGUGAAGGCGGCGGACCGACGAGGAACAAAGAAGAAUGGCGCGGUUGGCGGUACGAUGAACACGGAGACGAAGGACCGACUGAUCCGAAGCGGACCACGAGCGGCAGGAAACGAGUGCGGUUCGAUAUGCCGCAUGACGGGGGAGUAUGACCAGGACCUGGACGGCCAGAGCGACGUCGGAAAUGGGCGACGCAGCGAGCGAGUUGGCCAACGUUGCAGCUUACGGACGACGAGACCGCUGACGCCCAGAAGAACAAUCAGCUGCGGCGGGACCGCGCGUGAUACUCCCACCAGCGUUGUGGGCAAUCGCGUUCAAGGAGAACCACGACUCGGUAUGGGCAGGGCACCUGCGAACUGCUCAUACGUGUGCACGAAUUUUGCAAACCUACUGGUGGCCGAACCUCGAACGCGAAGUGAAGCGUUGGACAGGUGGGCCUUAAGCGUGGCCGGACCGCUGCCUACGACGGAUAGUGGACAAAGGUUCAUCAUUGCGGCGGUGGAAUACGUCACCAGGUACGCCGUGGCUGUGACUGUACAGCAACACACUGCAGAAAAUGUGGCGUCGUUUCUAAUGCAGAAUGUGGUGAACCUGGAAGGACUGCGUUGCGGCAUACGUGGACGACACGGAGCAGGCGUUUGGGACGUCUGGGUGGACUUCGCGGUCUACGCAUACAAUUCUGGACGGCAUUUAACGGUGGUGCUGUCACCAAAUGAUCUCAUGAUGGGGAGACAGCUGCGGAGCCCCAACGACCUACUGCGGAGAGUGGGCGUUGCAGAAACAGGCGAGUUGACCAGCUAUCAUCGACGCUUGCUCGCAGCGAUGAGAGAGCCAGUCACGCAUGCGCCGAACGAGCACGAGAAUGAGAACAACGACGACAGGUUAAGUAUUACAAUCGCAAAGUACGGCGGAAGUGGGGGGGGGGGGGGGAUUGAGCCGAAUGGUCGCGUGUGGAUGUACCGACCUCCGAGGGGGCCCAAAGCCUCAAAGUUCGUACAUCAAUGGGUCGGACCGAUGAGCGUGAUUGAACAGGCGGGAUAUGACAAUCACCUGUUGGAACGUGAGGACGAUGAAGGAAGUCCGGUGGCGGCGGAUAUUAAGAUGCAACUCGAGUAUGAAAGCGCGCUCGAACACGCGAACGAUGACACGGCGGCAGGCGAGAUUAUGGGAGCAACGAAAGUUCCUGUACACGCAACAGUUGCGUCACGAAGCCAGAAACGAAAUGCUCAGACAGUGGCAAGUGCGGACAGCGGCGGAGGACAGAACGAGAUACUGGUGGAAUUCCGGCGCAGACGGAGGCGAAACGAAGCUGGACAUUACGUCCUCGAGUACCAGCUACGGCCGGCUCGAGACGGUGGAUCACCACGAGAUGGAUCUACAGGCAAGACGGGAGACGAAGGGCAUUGGGUAUCCGUGCGAGAAUACGACCGACUCUUUCAUUCCGACAGGGUCGCGGAAGACCCUGUAUGUGGAGAAAACGUGUAA